CGAGGAGCUGUGUGAGCUCCACGCAAGUUUGACGAUUAUUCAUUAAUGUUCUAUGAAUUUUUGAGUUUUGAAAUUUAUGUGUGUGGUGUGUAAUUGAUAAUCUGAAAAAAAAAGACAAAAAAGUUGAAGACAAUGAAAAUAAUAACAUCAAUAAUAAUUAUUACAUAUUUAGUAACCUUAAUCAACACACAUCCCAUCUCUAAGAAUGAAGGUCUACGAUCAAAGACAUUGGAACAUGUCGUAGUCACUGAUAAAGAUGAAGAUCCAGCACUCAGAGGCAAAAGGACUAUUGGUGUAUUACGUCAAUUCUUUCCGGAUAUUACUAAAGACGUAAACCCCGAAGCGGAAAAUCAAGUAUCAGACGGAGACGUCGCGGAAUCACAGAAGAACGAAAUCAAAGUUCAAUUUGGAAACAGUCAAACAGAUUCAAUAAACGAAGCAUCAGAACCGGGAUUAGCUCCAUUGGAAGAAAUUCAAGUUACAGACGACGACGAGAACAGGAACAAAAGAUUCCUGAAUUUUGGCUUCGGAAGUAGUAAUUUAGCAUCAGGUGGAGGCAGUGGAGGCGGCUCUGGAAACUUUCUCUUUGACAUUAUAAGACAAGCAGCAGACGGGGCGGCAAGAGCGGCUGGGACGGUUUACCGUGUGGUAGCCGGCACACAAAGUCUCGGUCUAGGUCUAAGCGCUUCGCGUGACCUAGGUCCGUCCCCUACACCCGCAGCGAGUGCUGCUUCUACAGCCGCACCCGCAACCGCCACCCAAGCAACCCCUGCGUCCGGAACUGGCACGCAACCAUCGUUGGUGGCAGGAAGUGGAUCUCAACCUAGCGAUAGUAGUUCUUCAGCUGGAAGAACUGAAGAAGCUGUUCCAGGACCAAUUACAAGGCUUUUUGUUAUUGCAAAUAGGGGUAUUUCUAAUCUAAUUCAAGAUCUCAUACUUCGGUUAGCUGCAACCAGUGAACGUUUUGUUAACUUCAAAGCACGGUUGAUUACAUCGAUCAUCUGAUACACCGCUAAUUCAUCGACAUCAAAUGAUAAAAAGCAUGGAAUAAAAUGAACAAUGAAAGUUAAUAGAUUAUUGGAAUCGUAGGUACGACGCUCAGCGAUAUAUAAUGUCGCUCUUUGUUCCUAGGAUUCGACAAUAUGCUAAAACAAAUGUGAAUAUUACAAUCAAUAUUUCAAACUGUAACUGUAUAGAGAAAAGAAUUGAAAUAUUUAAAUCGUUUUUUUACUUCACACUCGAUUCCGUCCGAUUAGUUCGGAGUUUUUCAAUCUCUUGCUUUCCAUUAUGAUUUCCUUAGAAGUCAUCUAAGCGUGGAAUCGAUCUCUUAUGUUAUAGAGAAACUCCGAAAUUUUUUUCAGUAUGACAUGAAAAAGUUAAACAAUAUAGAAAGUCAAAUGUACGCCUGUAAAUAUUUAGAAAAUUAUACAAAUAUAAAGGGAAAAAGUGAUUUUAUAUAUUAUGUUUACGCAAAGAGAUAAGAAAAAUUUAAGGAUGAGAUUCAUAUGCCACAAUAAAUUCUCUUUUUGUCUUUUAAACAUAUAUAUAUAUAUAUCUAUAAUAAAAAACAAAUUGAGAAUUUAUAAUUGAUAUUAUAUUAAAGAGAACUGCUUGAUUCCACGAGA